AUGGACAGGUACAGUCUGGAGGGCAGCGAGAUCUUCGGCGGCCGUCCUGUGAACGGCACUUGGGAAGGCCUCGUGGGGAAACUGGCAAAAGGCCAUCUGGAUGUCGGUUUGGCGCUCAUGAUGGUAACUCCGGAGCGCCAGACUGCUGUUGACUUCUCCCUGCCACUCACCUUCUCACGGUUGGUCCUAUUUCUUCAGAAGCCGAAGGAGGAGGAAUCAACGUGGAAUAAUUUUUUACGGCCCUUUGACAGAUGUCUCUGGCUGUGCGCCAUCACUGUCAUAGCCGUCGUUUGGACUGUCCUCAGAGUUCAAAGGAGAUACAGCAGAGGUUUGGGGUUUCAUGACGGCCACAACCAGACAUAUAGUGACACCUUACACGUUGCAGGAAUAUUCCUCAUGCAAGGUUGUGGUGAGGGUGGGGACACGAAGAGGCGUGACAGCGUGCGGUUGACUCUGCUGGUGGCGUCGAUGUCUGCGAUGGUGGUGUACACUGCCUACUGCGGCACUCUCACCGCCUCCCUGGCCACCCACCGCCUGAAGAUGCCCUUCACAGACCUGCAGGGCCUACUGAGGGAUGGAUCCUACAAACUGCUGCUGUUGUACGCCUCUGGAGAGAUGGAAAUUUUCGCUAAUACUAGCGAUGCAGUUAUUUCAUCUGUCUACGAGAGGCACGUCGAAAAAGAAGAGAUUCCAGUACGUAACAAGGACCUAUUUGAAGGAAUAUGCAACUCACAUAAAAAUGCAGCAAUGCUAACUGAAGCUGUCUACAAAGCAUACAAGGGGCGUACAAAAUGUCCUACAGUAAGCACUCAGGGGCAGAUAAAUAUUCAGACAGCUAUAGCCUUCAGGAAAAGAAGCCCUUAUCGGGAACUGAUUAACUACCACCUGCUGCAGAUGCGGAGUGAAGGUCUGACUCACCGCAUUUACUGGAAGCACUGGCUGUGGGACGAUGGUCAGGAGAUGCGGGAGUCUCUCAAGCCGGUGACCAUUCAGAGUGUGGUUCCUGCACUCGCCGUCUUGGUAGCCACGGCGCUGCUGUCAGUGUGCUUGCUGCUGCUCGAGAGGAAAUUCUGCAAUAGGCCCGUUCUGAAGGAUACCGCAAUAAGCAGUGACUAA